AUGAGUGUUAUCCUCAUAGGAAAAUACUCUAAAUUAUUAGAGCCUGUUGUGAAUGCUUUACAAUCAAAAAAUCUGGAUUUGCUGAAAUGCUCAAAUUUUAUAAAAAAAAUAGUAGUCAUAGUGAAAGAUCACCGCGAACACGCUGACACAGAAAUUCAAGAAUUAUUAACUGCUGCAAACAUAGCAGCUGAGAAUAUAGGAGCAGAAAUUAAUCUUCCUAGGAUUGUUAAACAACAACAACAUCGUUCGAAUCCUCCAGCGUUAAAUUCGGCUGAAUUCUGGAAGAGAUCAUUACUAAUUCCAUACUUGGAUUCAUUAAUAUCCUCAUUGGAACGGAGAUUUUCUGAUGAAAACAUACCUGCUUUUUCACUUUUAUUAUUACACCCUUCAAAUAUGUUAGAUAUGAACACCAAAGAAUUUAAACUUAAAAUAAAUGAUUUUUCCAAUUAUUACCAAAUUAAAGACUUGGAAAGUGAAGCAGAAUUAUGGUACAACAUCUGGAAGGAGAAAAAACUGGCUAAAAGCAAACUAUCAGACAUGGAAAUGAGUGAAGUAGUAGAAGAAACAGAUAUUUUCUUUCCUAAAAUAAAACAAGCCUUGCAUAUUUCUUUAGCUCAGCCAUGUACAACUAGCACUAUUGAGAGGUCAUUCAGUACGUUAAGAAGGGUAAAGACUUGGUUGCGUUCAACGAUGACGGAAAACCGUCUGAAUGGUCUAUGCAUACUAAGUGUGCAUAGAAAGCUGCUAGAUGAAAAAAAGGAAGAGAUGCAACAGAAAAUUCUCAGCAGAUUUUGCGAAGACUCUAGACGAUUGUCAUUGUUAUAA